AUGGCUCCACAACCAAUUCCAUUCCCAGGUCUUACCCCGAUAUCUGAUCGGGUAUACAUUCGCAAUGGCAAUGAAAAAGCAAAGCCCGCAGCAGAUGAGCCAACCACCAUCCUCAUCUCCGGCUGGGGCGAUGGCAUGCCAAAGCACGUCUCCAAAUACGUCGAAGGCUACCAUGAGCUCUUCCCAUCGUCUCGCAUUAUCGUGAUCUUGUCACGCACCCUCCAGGCCUCCAAUCAGCCCGAGGAAGACAGAAUCCAAGCCAUGUUGCCCGUCGUCGAUACUAUCUUCCCCACCCCUACGGGUAGUGGCGAGGAAGAACGCGUCCUUAUCCAUGCUAUGUCCAACACGGGCGCGAUCUUCGCCGCUGCCGCUAUCGUGGGCUACCAGCGUCGUCAUGGAAAGGAUAAGACUUUCCCGCACAAAUUGUUGGUUUGUGAUUCUACGCCGGGUAGUCUGGACUUUGCUUCGCAGGUUGGUCGUUGGUCAAGGGCUAUGGCGGUCGGAACGGCCAAGUUCUUCCCUUGGCCGUUCAUCAUUACCCAGGGUCUGUGGUACAUCUUCCUCUGGGCAAAUUGGGCUUGGGAGGUUCUGCGUGGCUCGGAGCCUUCGGGGGUGUGGGCGAAUCGAGUAAUGAACGACAAGUCGAUUAUUACUACCGAAGCCAACAGACUCUAUCUUUAUUCCAAGGAAGAUGAGAUUAUUGGAUGGAAGGAUUUGGAGGAGAACGUGGCGGGGGUCAAAACCCUGGGUUACCCGGUCGAAUUAGAGAUGUUUGAAGGCUCACCGCAUGUUGGACAUAUGAGACUGCAUCCUGAGCAGUAUUGGAACAGGAUCUCGGGGUGCUGGAAGCAGGCGAUGGCCAAGGAAUAG